CCAAUUUUUAUCGGUCGCCUAGCAACUUAGAAUAAAAAAUAAACAAACUGAAGAUGUAAAACUGACACCAAUACAACUAAUAAAUUCAUGUGAAAUAAAGCGAAAUAUUAUCAAUAUGUCGGCACCGAAGUUAUUGUAUACGAUAGAGCAGCCUCAUGGGCUAGGCGAGCUUUACUUCAUGUGGCAGAAGGGUGAGGCUGGCUCCUUGCUCGCCACCACUGGAACAGAUGCUACAGUUGCGAUCCACGACCGAUCGGGACAGCUUUUGGAAAGAAUUAAAUUACCUGGAUUAUGUGCUGGCAUGGAAUGGGACAACGAUGGUGAUUAUCUCGCUAUGAUAACACCAAACAGCAACUCAGUUUUCCUAUGGGAAUGUCAUACCAAUAAGAAAAUAAAUAUAGACACAGGGUUACGAGAGCCACCUUCAUGUUUGGCUUGGUCGUUUGGAGAGCCUCUUUUAGCUGUUGGUACCCAAAAAGGAAACUUAGCACUGUAUCAUCAUCAUACCACUAAGAGAAUACCCAUAAUAGGAAAGCACACAAAGAAAAUAACAUGUGCGGCUUGGAAUCGAGACAGUAUUUUAGUCCUUGGAUCUGAUGAUAAGAGCUUAUCAAUAAACAACUCAGAUGGAGAUACAUUAAGAGUGAUAACUUUGAGAGAUAUACCAAAUGAGCUACAGUUCUCUGAGAUGAAGACAGAUGAAAGAGUUGCUGGUGAAAAUACUAUAAGCCUCAUUGUUGGCAAGCGAACCCUGUAUCUAUAUAACUUAUUGAAUCCAGAAAAUCCAAUAGAACUUGCAUUUCAGCAGCGAUAUGGUUCUAUAAUUUCAUACCAGUGGUACGGAGAUGGGUAUAUAUUGAUAGGUUUUAGUGCUGGAUUUGUGAUCGCGAUAUCCACACAUAUAAAGGAGGUGGGAGAGGAGUUGUUCCAAGUUAAGAAUCAUAAGGACAGUUUGACAGAUGUUGCCAUAUUUAAUGGCCAAGCAGCGUCUUGUGGUGAUGGACAACUCAAACUAAUAUCCGUGUGGAACAACGGCGAAGUCUGCGGCUCAGUCACUCCCUCUGGCGGCGCAGAACGUUGCGCGUGGAGUUCCGAUGGGCGGUUACUCGCUACCGCAGGCCGUGCGUACUUGAACGUGUACGUGACUGCGUUGCCGCCGCUGUACGCUGCGUACGGUACGAGAGUGCUGACGCUGACUAAUUUGGCUGAAGUCACUGUAUAUCAGUGUAUUGCGGUCGGGGAUGAGCCUGAGCCGGUUAAUAGGGCGGAAUCAACAGCCCUAGCGACGUACGCGCUCACAACCGAACCCACUUCCAUCGCCCUCGGUGGAGCACACGUGUGCUGUGCGAGCGGUAACCACGCGUGGUUCUACCCACUAGCUGGUGGGACUCCCAUACGCCGCCAGUACCCCGCGCCCGUGGACGCGCUGCGCGUGGCGGGACAGUACGCGGCUGCGCUCUUCCAGUCGCGGGCUAUGUUGCAUUCCAUCGAAUCUCCAGAUCCAUCCGAACCAGAGAAAGAAGCUAUGUUAUUUCCGGAACCGCACAUGGCCACUGCUAAAAUAGUCGACAUACAUCUUACUAGCGAUUUUUUUAUUUUUGUGACUGAUGAGGGUGACAUAGAGUACAUCGGUCUGGAGGAGUGGCGGCGGUGCGUGCGCUACAAGCACUCGUGCGGCGUGCGGGCGCUGCACGCGGACAUCAGCGGGGCGCGCGCGCUGCUGCUGGACGAGCGGCGCCGCGCGCACGUGUACUGGCCCGCGGCCCCCGAGCUGUGCGCCGUGCGGACUGACAGUUGCAAGAGCGUGGUCUGGGACAUCUGCCUGUCGGACCGCAACGUGUUCGCAGUGCACACGGGCCCCACACUCGACACGUACUACUUCACGCCGCACUCCACGACCGGCGCGUACUGCACGCGCGUGGCGUCCACGCCACUGCUACCGGAUCAGAUACCGCUCAUACUGUUCUCGGGGGAUGUGUACUGUUAUGCGAGUGUGGGGAGCGUAAUAAAAAUUGCCCUCGAGUCGCACAACACGAGCGGGCUAGCUGAACCCGACACAGAGAAACGCGUCGCGAACCAAAAGAAGCAUAUCGACAAGUUGUUACUGUUGCGACGUUUUAGUGAAGCGUGGUUGUUCUGCGAUGCGAUAGACGAGCCAGAAGUGUGGAGGAAGUUGGGAGAAGCUGCUAUUGCUGACCUUAAUGUGGAGUUUGCUAUCAGAGUGUACACAAGAUUGAGCGAUGUGGCCAUGGUUUGGGCUCUGGAAGACGCCUCACAUGUGGAAGAGUUACCUAUUUUGAGUGGGUUACUCUGCGCGUGCUUAGACAAGGGCGACGCCGCACUACGCUGGCUAGAAAGCAGCGGAACUAGUUUCAGAGAAAGUGCAGAAACUGGUAGUAUGGAUAUUGGGAUUGGCUACAUCGGGGAUUGUGGUUAUAGUGGGGGGAAUGUGGGGGCAAAGUAUGCGUUAGAGUUGCAAGCGGCACGUGGCGAGUGGGCCCGCGCGGCACAACUAGCGCACACAGCUUGUCCCGCUGCUGCACCGUAUCUUACGCUGCAUCAUGCUGCGCAUUUGGAUUUGACAGCGAAUUAUCAUGAUGCACUUGCGACUUAUGAGAAAAGUAUUAUAAAUGAAAACACAGAUAACGUAAAAGUAAAAGAACACAAUGCGAAAUGUGAAGCUGGUAUCGCUCGGAUGGCCAUCAGAUGUGGUGAUAUUAUGCGUGGUGUCACCACUGCUAUGAAAUACUCCCACGAUGUGAAUUUGCUUAAAGACUGUGCUAUGUUACUCGAAGAAGAAAAACAGUACAGCCAUGCGGCUGCUCUAUACGAUCACGCGGGAAAUACUGAAAAAGCGGCGUCAUUGUACAUAAAACUGAAAUCAUGGUUGAAAGUUGAAGCCCUUAUACCCAAAAUAAAUUCACCGAGCAUUCACUUGCAAUAUGCAAGGGCUAAGGAAGCAGAAGGUCGAUACACUGAUGCUCUAAAAUCUUAUAUGAAAGCACAAGACUAUGAAUCGGCUAUACGCCUCAAUUUGGACAAACUUGACGAUAUAGAUGAAGCUGUGACUUUGGUUCAAGAAUCGAAAUCAAUUCAAGGAGCCAAAAUGGUUGCGAAUUAUUUCCAAAACAUCGAUGAUCCUACAUCGGCAAUUAAAUUCCUGGUCAUGUCUUUAUGCUAUGAUGAAGCGUUCCAAUUGGCGAGGAAGAAUGGCAAAUUGCAAUUAUAUGGAGAAAUUUUAAUCCAGACGUCCCAAGCGAGGCCAGAGGAUUUCAAGAGCUUAGCGAUACAUUUUGAAGGGGAAAAAAAUCAUUUGUUGGCUGGAAAGUUCUACUUCCACGCGGGAGAGUACAAGAAAGCGAUGUCUCAUUUGUUGAAAGUCGGUGGCUCGGAAGACGAGGAAAAUGAAGCUAUUACAAUUGCUAUCGAUUCAGCUGCUGCAAGUGAUGAUGAAAGAUUGACAAGAAGGUUGAUCGAAUUUUUGCUAGGAGAGACAGACGGCAAUCCCCGAGAUCCACGACACUUGUUCCGUUUGUAUAUGGCCAAGAAACAAUUCACGGAAGCGGCUAAAACGGCUGUGAUAAUAACAGCGGGUGAGUGCCAAGCGGGGCGGUACCGUGAGGCGAGAGAUGUAUCGCGCGGGCUGGUGGGAGCAUUACGUGCUCGUGCUCUGCCCGCACCACGUGACUUGCGCCGUGCGUUGGCUUUGCUGCACUCAUAUAUACUGGUACGAACGCAUGUAAAAAGAGGGCGUCAUGACUUGGCUGCUAGGCUAUUGUUGCGAACUGCUGCUGAAGUUUCCUUUUUUCCCGCGCAACAACAUCAAGUGUCAAUCUUAACGUCGACGGUGAUUGAAUGUGUGCGCGCGGGACUCAAACCCGAGGCGCUCCACUGGGCACGUGUGCUCAUGCAGCCGGAGUUUAGAGACCAGAUCGACCCCAAAUACUCAAAAAAGAUCGAGUGGGUAGUACGCCACCCGCCCCGCACAGAAUCCUCCCCCGCUCCCACCGCCCCGUGCCCGCUGUGCGGCGCCGCUCUGCCCAGCGCGGAGCUGCACUGUGCACGGUGUGAAGCAGACGUGCCGUUUUGCUUGGCGACGGGUCUUCAUAUCGUCAAAGAUGAUCUCACAGCAUGUCCGGAAUGCGACUUUCCAGCUAUAUUAAGUGAAUUUACAGAAAUCCUGCGUGAAGAAGGCAAGUGUCCAAUGUGCGGAGAGAACGUGGACUAUCGGCGCUUGGUGAAAAUUGAUGACGUCACACUUUACCUAGAUCUCAAUACUGGAGAAUAAGAUAAAAAUAAUGUAUUUUCUACAUGUGUAAACUAUAAAUAUCAGAUGAUACAAGUGUGUCACUUCUCAAGAACAUUGCAUUUAAUAAAAAAAAUGUUGUGUGGUUUUAUGAAACCACGGUAAAAGUGAAACUUUUUUUCACACUAUAGACAUUUAACUAAAAAUUAUCGUAUUUGUACGAUAAUUAUCGUACGUAUCGUGCGUCACGUGACAUGCGCUACACAGACCAAAAAAUUUGAGACGAUGUAAUAAAAGCUUCACUUUAAUAUUUGAGUUUGGAUUAUUCGUAGUAAUCGUAAAUAAAUCGUCCCUAAUAACCACCGAGCUUAGAAUAUCUUUAUUUAUAU